UUUUUCUUUUCCUUUUUUUUAUUAUUCCUCUCUUCUUCUGUAUACACUUUUUUUUUUGUUACAAUGGCACAAAAAGGAACUGGUAAAACUCUUGAAAAGUUAAAGAGUUCUGUCAAUGAUGGAAAAUAUUAUGAAGCUCAUCAAAUGUAUCGAACUGUUGCAAGAAGAUAUAACAAGCAAGAAAAAUAUAGCCAAUCUAUCAAGUUACUUCAUGAUGGUGCUGUCUCUUUGAUGCAACAUAAGCAAAGUGCUUCUGGCUCUGAUUUGGCGAACUAUAUGAUGGAGACUUACAUGUUGGCUAACUUACCAGUGGACGAAAAAUCUUUGGAUCGUGUAAUUGAUAUUCUUGAGCUCUAUCCCUCUACUGAAGUUGGACGCAAAGCUUUUCUCUCGAAAACAUUCAGUUGGACACAAAAGAAUGGUGAUUAUUCGGAAGGUGACCCUGAACUACAUGAUUAUGUUGGCACUAUGUUUUAUCAAGAGGGUCAAUAUUCUUUGGCUGAAGAACAUUUAUUAGUUGGAACUGAUCAUAGUGCUGAAUUAUUGGGAGAAUUGUCAUAUACCUGGGCUCAACAAGAUGCCAAUAAUGGAAAUGGCAUUUAUCUUGCUCGUGUUGUACUUCAGUAUCUCGCCAUGAAAAGUAUUCGCCAUGCCACGAUGACAUUCAAUAGCUUUAUUAAGGCUGCCAAUUUAUCUACGUCUCAAGCUGACUUCCGAUACUCUCCUGCUGGUGAAACUGUCAAGGUACCAACAUUUGAUGAUUCCUGGUUAAACUUUACACAACUAGUAUUAUUGACGGUGCAACGUGAUGGUUCAGCCUUAUUCACGCAAUUGAAAUCAACUUAUGGGCCUAUGUAUCAUCAACAAAAAGGUUUUGAUGAUUUGAUCGAUGAUAUUGGUGCGGCCUUCUUCAACAUUCAGAAACCACGAAAACAAGGCAACAUUAUGCAAGAUUUGAUGAAUAGUUUAUUUACUGGUGGCCCUUCCACCAAUGCUUCUCGACAAGUAACUGGUUCUCCUUCCUUGGGUUUGGAUUGAAAAAGAGGAUACAUACCUUUCCCCCCUUUUUUUUUAUCCCUUUCAUUCUUCCAUAUCUAUAUUUGAUCAUUUAGUUUUAGCUUUUGUCACCUUUUUAUUAUUAUUACCUACUUUAUUUUGUUUGACCCAUAUAUGUGCUGCGUGUGUGUAAUUUUAUUGAUUUCUUUAUCGUUAUAAUAAAACAAUGAUCCUUUUUUUUUU